ACAGAAGUCGACCACCAUGCAAUCAGAGAAAAACUGAAAUCCACCCUAAGGGAAAAGUACCAAAACAUUUACGAGGGGAAUGCUGAUGAAGGAGACACUGUCUACCUGAACAAAAUCUACACCGAGCUGCACGUGAUCGAAGGAGCCUGGGGAGGCUUCAGCGAGGAGCAUGAGGUCAGACAGCAGAGGUCAGACCAAGUGACAACGGAAGAAACCUCCAUUAAAGCUAGUGACAUUUUCAAACCCAAGCCCAACCAAGAGAAGCGAAUUAGAACUGUGCUUACGCAGGGUAUACCUGGAGUGGGUAAAACUGUCUGUGUACAGAAGUUUACCCUGAGUUGGGCAGAAGGAGAGGAAAAUCAAGAUGUCACCUUCCUUUUCCCGCUUCCUUUCCGUGAACUGAACCCCAACAUUGGAGAGGACUACAGUCUGAUGCAGCUGCUCCAUCAGUUCUUCCCUGAGAUGAAACCUCUUGAGACGCUGGGAACUGAAUACAAAGUCCUCUUCAUCUUUGACGGCUUGGACGAGACUCUCCUCCCCUUGAACUUUAAGCACAACAAGGUCUUGAGAGAUGAGACGGAGCCGGCCUCGCUAGAUGUGGUGAUCACCAACCUCAUCACGGGAGAUCUGCUUGGCAAGGCUCUCAUCUGGAUCACGUCGAGACCUGCCGCAAUUAGUCGGGUCCCUCGAAAGCACAUCCAGCUGUGGACGGAGGUGAAGGGCUUCGCUAUCGAACAGAGGGAGGAAUACUUCAAGAGGCGUUUGCGUGAUGAUAACCUUGCCACCAGAAUCAUCAACCAUGUGAAGUCAUCAAGAAGCCUCUACAUCAUGUGUCAGAUACCAGUUUUCUGCUGGAUCACAGUCACUGUAAUGAAGAAAAUGUUGCGCGACAAUGUGACAGGAGGCAUGCCCAACACCCUGACCGAGAUGUACGCAUAUCUUCUUCUCUGCCAGACAGACCGGAUGAUAGAAGGGCACUACCCGAUGGAAAGCGACAACGUUGUAUUGAAGCUAGCAGAGCUGGCAUUCCGUCAACUGGAGAAGGGCAAACUGAUUUUCUACGAGGCUGACUUGAAAGAAUGCGGCAUGGAUGUCAAAGAGGCAACAAUCUACUCAGGAGUUUGUACAGAGGUCUUCGUGAAGGAAGGCAGGAGGAGGAGAGAAGUGUUUAGCUUUGUACAUUUAACCAUCCAGGAGUUUCUGGCAGCUGUGUACGCCCAUCACUCCUACAUGCAAAGAAAGGAAAAUGUUCUUCUUGGAUACCUUAAAAGGAUGUCUACGAGGUGGCUCCCCAAGUCUGUGUUCAGUUUUCACAAGACUUCCGUCGAAAAAGCCUUGGAAAGUCCAGACGGCCACUGGGACCUCUUCCUUCGGUUUCUCCUGGGACUGUCGCUGAAGUCAAACCAAGAGCUUCUGGGUAGAAUACUGAAUCUAGAAACAGAAGGAGAGGAGGAUGUGGCUAGAACCAUCCAGUUUAUCAAGGAGAAGAUCAAAGAGGAACCAGAGGCCAAGCUCAACCUGUUCCACUGCCUGAGUGAGCUCAAAGAGGAGUCUUUGGUGCAGGAGGUCCAGAGCUUUGUUAGUUCCGGGAGGCUUGCAGCCAAAAAGCUGUCACCGGUCCAGUGGUCCGCUCUAACCUUUGAACUGAUGACAUCAGAGGCAACGGAGAAGGAGUUCGACUUGAAAAAGUACAACAGAUCAGAUGAAGGGGUAGUGAAGCUGCUGACCGUCAUUACUUCCUCCACACGUGCUCUGCUAAAUCGCUGCAACCUCACUGAGGUCGGCUGUGAAGUUUUGGCCUCCGUGUUGAGCUCUUCCUCCUCUCACCUGACAGAGCUGGACCUGAGUGACAACAACCUGAGGGAUUCAGGGGUGAAGCUGCUUUCUGGUGGAUUAGGGAGUCCAAAUUGUAAACUGAAGAAUUUAAGAUUACAUAAGUGUAAACUGGAAGGAGACUGCUGUGAAGGACUGGCUACUGCUCUCAGCACAGAGUCUACCCGACUCAGAGAACUGGACCUGAGUGCUAAUCACUUCCACAAAGCAGGAGUGAAGGCUCUGUGUGUGGGUAUGCGCAGCCACCUCUGCAAACUAGAAACAGUGAGGUUGAAUCAGUGCAAGCUAAAAGAGAAUUGCUGUGCAGAUUUGGCUACAGUUUUGAGUUCAGGCACAUCUCACCUGAAAACCUUAGAUCUGAGCAACAACAGCCUAAAGGAUUCUGGUGUAUCUCUGCUUACUUCUGGACUGAGGAAUCCACACUGUACACUGGAAACACUAAGGCUCAGCUGGUGCGGCCUUACACAGAAAUGCUGCAAUGACAUUGGCUCAGCUCUCAGCUAUGACUCCUCCCACCUUAGAGAGCUGGACCUGAGUGGAAACAACCUGCAGGGUCCAGACAUACAGCAGCUGUGUGUUGGACUGAGAAGUCCAAACUGUAAACUGGACACAUUAAGGUUAAACGAGUGCAAUCUCCAGAAAUGCUGUGCUGAUGUGGCCUUGGUCCUCAGCUCUGACACCUCUCACCUGAUGGAGCUCGAUCUGAGUGGAAACGACCUGCAGGAUUCAGAAGUGAAGCUCCUCUCUGUGGGACUGGCAAGUCCGGGCUGUAAACUGGAGACGUUACGACUGUCCUUCUGCGGAGUCACAAAGAAAGGCUGCAUUUAUUUGGCUUCAGCACUGAGCUCCAACCCUUCUCAUCUGAGGCAGCUGGACCUCAGCUACAACUACCUGCAGGACUCUGGAGUGAAGCUGGUCUCUGUUCAUUUGAACGACCCGCUCUGUAAACUGGAAACAUUACGUGUGGACUAUAAUGCAGAGUGCUACUUGAAAUCAACACUGAAAAACUAUGCAUGUACGCUGACUUUGGACACAAACACAGUUGCCAAGUCUCUCUUUCUGCACGAUAGUGGAAAGCAGGUGACGUGGGUCAGGGAGACACAGCAGUACCCAGAUCACCCCGACAGGUUUGAGAGUGUCUCCCAGGUGCUGUGUCGCGAAGGCCUCACCCGACGCCACUACUGGGAGGUGGAGUGGCGAGGACGCUGGGUGGACGUUGCUGUGGUGAUGAGGGGGAUCCGUCGGAGGGCUGGCUCUCACCUGUGUGGGUUUGGAUACACAGAUCAGUCCUGGAGUCUGUUCUGCUCUGAGGAUCACUACAGCGCUCAGCAUGACAACAAGCCUGUAGAAAUACCAGCACCCCUGUCUCGCUCCCACAGGGUUGGAGUGUAUCUGGACUGGCCUGGUGGCUCCCUGUCCUUCUACAGUGUCUCCUCUGGGACUCUCAGUCACCUUCACACGUUCCACGGCUCCUUUACUGAGCCUCUCUACCCCGGGUUUGGGAUGGAGGAGGAUGCCUGCUCUGUCACUAUUUGCACAGUAGAGUGUUUGCCAACAUUAAUUUCUCGGUCAGCUAGUGCAGAAAGAAUUGAGGAAUUUUGACUGCACGUUGAUUUGGGUUGCUGAACAUUGAAAUGUGAUGAAUAGGAGCAAAAGAGAAUUCUGAAUGUUCACUUAUGCUGUCUAAAUGGAUUUCAAACCUACAAGAAAAAGUAAUGUAUAUAUGAAAACAUGGCCAGUGUUUGACAGAGAUGCUCAUAAGUCUCUGAGCUAAUUCCCAGGUCAAGUCUCAAGUCUUUGAGCUAGAGUUCAAGACAAGUCUCUCAUUGGUAUAAUGAGUGUUGUAUCACCUUCUACGUUCAAUCCAGGCUGCUUAUAACACUGCAUAUAUUUAAGGAAUUCUGUAACUUGUCUUUUUCAUUUACAGAGCACAACCAUAUAAUGUGCACUGCAACAACUAAUCACAGCUUAUAAACUACUGUAAGUCAACACAUCCCCCCCAGACUUUCAGACCAGUUUAAUGUCUAUGAAGAUUCUCAGUCAUCCAGGUCAUAGUUAUCCAACGAAGGUUAAA